AGAAUAAUUUAUUCCGGCCGGAACUCCAUCUUUUAAAAAGAACUAGACUUCGGCAGGUGUGAAUUUUUGGUGCACAUAAAUUUGGCUGCCUUGCGAGAAACGAUACUGCAAAACCCUUGGAUUAAAUUGAAUAAACGAAGAAACAUUUCUCAGAGACUAAAACACAAACACUUUCGAGGCAACACCGCAGUGAAAUAGAUAGGUAGAUAGAGAGAAUGGUGCUAUGGGAGAUCACAUUGGGGACGGCCUACUUUCUGGGUUUGAAGCGUACAUAUAAACUGGCUCUCAGGAUUCAAAGACGCCUCAUUAGUCCUAAACGUCAAAGGGUUCGUCAAUUUGUUCAGAGACGAACCCGUGCUGUAUUUGAUGUUGUCCUCAAGGUUCACCACAAUGUACAACAACGGGAAAUAGAAGUUGGUCGGAAUCUUGGAAAUUGGAUUUUACGAUGGCUUGAUCGAAUGAAACCAUCAGCUCAGAUCCGUGGUCCUCACCUUGAAAAAACGUCCUCAGGUGCCAGCUCAAGCAUGAGCAUGACAAAGCAGGCAAUAAACUCAAAGGCGAACCAUCUCAAAACUCCAGGGAACAACCAAACAUCCAGAAAUCCAGAAUCUGAGCGACAUCUGUUUACCUCAUACAAAAAUGUGUGGCCUAAACCCUUUGCAAGCAUUACACAGAUGCGAGUUACAAACCCUGUUGGUACUAUGACCCAGUAUCGGAACUUGUUUGUCAAAGGCACUGGUGGAUUAAGAUCAAACUACAUCGGAGGUGGGUUUGAGGGAGUUAUUCGGAAGGAUAUUAUGCAAUGGAUGCAUCAAAAUUGAAUGUGUAAGAUAAUUUAUGUGUUCUGCUUUGAACUAUAAUAAGUUUUGAGGUGUGCCCGUGUAUACAAUGCAGUGGACCUGAGAAGCUGAUCGGUCAGACUUUUUUUAAGGCUAUUCUCUGUUUCACAGAGACUGUUGUCUCUUAUUUUCUUCUGACCUUAUAUAUCUUAAAGAAAGUUCUUGGACAGGUUUUCUUUGGGUUUAUGAUAAGAAAGGGAGGUGUUUGUUUUCUAACCACCAUAAAGGUCCUGCAGUUUUAGAAAUCCAGGGGUGUCUCAGAGAAGAAAGGCAAAUUGGUAAUCGGCAUAUUUCUUGUUUCUUUUUGCCGUUUUUCUUCCCUGGUAAACUCAUUAUCUGAACUUUAGCCUGGUUUUAUUUAUUUUACCACAUGAAGUUACUAGGAUAGUUCCAUGCUUAUACAUUUGUUAUUGAGUUGAUAGUUUUACCUUUACGGUAAGUCUAAAUUUGUCAACUUCUUAAAGUCAAGGUAUUUUUUUAUACGUUGGAUUGGUAUAUUGCCACCUAAUCUAAACAUGCUCUUUUAAAUAAGUAGCAAUAAAAAUUUGCAUGUUUACUCA